AUGAAAGAGGCGCCGAAUUGGGAAGCGGCUGAAAUGGAAAUUGGAGAGGUUUCAGUAUUUCGCAGAACUUUUCAUUGGGGAACUGGGUUUGCUUAUAUUGUUAUAACAAUUGUGAGUUGAAUAAACUAGAGUCUAGUUUGUUGUUUCUCCAAUAACUAGACUCUAGUUGCUCAUUUUAGGUUGGCUCAGUCACAACAUUCUUCUCAUCGCAGUGGCUUCGAAUUGAUACAAUUGAGGGGUUUUUAAAUCUGAUAGUAUUUUUGACGUGGAAUUUUCUGACAAUGAUGAAUUUGUUUUCCGCUUCAUAUUUUGGGCCGGGUUAUGUUCGGCGAAAUUGGCGGCCGAAAAAUGGGGAACACGAGGAGUAUUUGCAAUUUUGUCAGCCGUGUCAGGGAUUCAAAGUUGCGCGAAGUCAUCAUUGCUCGAAAUGCAAUCGGUGUUGUAUGAAAAUGGAUCAUCAUUGUCGUAAGUUACGCGCUCCACCGAAAUAAACACGCAACGCAGACCGCGUCGCGCGAAAACACACAUCGUUCCCUUGUGUUGUGGCGCGACGCGGUCUGCGUUGCGUGUUUAUUUCGGUGGAGCGCGUUUCAUCGAUCGAAGCGAACAUUAAUAUUAUAAGCCCAGAUUUUUCUUCCAAAUCAAAAUUUGAAGAAUUUUGUUCUUCAGAAAUAUUUAUGAUAACUUUUUCUAGAAAUUAAAUUUUGGGAAAAAUAUAGAUUUUUGCAAAUUUCAAAUUUCUGAAAAGUUUUCUAUUCAAAAAUUUGAAUUAUCGGAAAACCAGCAAAGUUUUGGUCAUCCUGGGCUGAUUUAGCUCGAAAAUUUAAAAUUUUGGAGUUUUUCUGGACCUAUCAAGUUACACGCCGUGCAAAGUUCCUGAAAGCCAAGUACACCAGAUUUCAGAAAAAGGUCCAGAAAAACUACAAAAUUUGAAAUUUUCGAGCUAAAUCAACCCAGGAUGACCAAAACUUUGCUGAUUUUCCGAAAAUCCAAAUUUUUCAGAAAAUUGACUUUUUCAAACAUCUAUGAAUUUCGCUAAAAAAAAUGCUGAAAAUCCCGAGUUUCUCUGGAUUUCCAGUAUUUUUUCUGGCGAGCUUGCGGAAGCUAUGCUCAAAUUUUGAGCUGAAAAUCCAGCUGAAAACUAGAUAAUUUUUUCCAAAAUUUAAAUUUUUUUUUGAAAAAGUUAUCAUUUUUCUAAUGAUUUUCUGAAAAACAGUUUUUCUUUAAAUUGAAAAUCAUUAGAAAUAUUUAUGAUAACUUUUUCCAAAAAAAAAUUUAAAUUUUGGAAAAAAUAUCCUUUUAGUUUUCAGCUGGAUUUUCAGCUCAAAAUUUGGCCAUCGCUUCCACAAGAUCGCCCAGAAAAAAACUGAAAAUCCAGAGAAACUCGGGAUUUUCAGCAUUUUUUCCAGCGAAAUUCGGGAUGACCAAAAAUCAGACUAGAUAGAUGUUUGAAAAAGUCAAUUUUCUGAAAAAAAUGGAAACCAGCGAAGUUUUGAUCAUCCUGGGCUGAUUUAGCUCGAAUGUUUCAAAUUUUGAAGUUUUUCUGGACCUGAAAAAGCACAAAAUUUGAAAUUUUCGAGCUAAAUCAGGCCAGGAUGACCACAACUUUGCUGAUAUUCCGAAAAUCCAAAUUUCUGAAAGUGUCCCGAAUUUCGCUGGAAAAAUGCUGAAAAUCCCGAGUUUCUCUGGAUUUCCAGUAUUUUUUCUGGCGAGCUUGCGGAAGCUAUGCCCAAAUUUUGAAUUUUUGACAAAAAAUGUUUUUUUUUUUGAAAAAUCUAAACUUCAAAAUUUCCCCAAACUUCAGCCUGGAUCAAUAACUGUGUCGGUCAUCGAAACCACGGAUUCUUCAUCCGAUUCCUCUUCUUCGCCAUCAUCGGCUGCAUCCACGCAUUAAUCAUCGACUUCAACGCCGGUUAUUACGCCAUGUUUGCUGGUUGGUACUUGAGAUAUGGAAAUGGCACUGAACCCAUCAUCAUUCUAACCCCCGUCAGUUUCAUCGCCCUGAUUAUGGCGUUAGCGUUGGCUAUGGCGAUUACAAUUGCGCUGACGAUUCUUUUGGCUGCGCAAAUGAAGUAUGUUGUCAAAAAUAUGAAUGCUAUUGAGGAAUAUAUUGGUGAGUUGGGCUAUUUUUGCUCAUUUUUGCUCAUUUUUGAAAAAAAAUUCCUAUUUUUCUAGACGGAAAAGCUAAAAACAUCCGAAAAAACAUGGCCGAAUAUGAGCAGGAAGAAGAAUCGGAGAGAAUUCCUGAGUGGAUUUAUCCAUAUGAUCUUGGAUGGAAGACGAAUGUCAGACAGGUGUUUGGAAGUUUCCUGGAUUCAAGAACUCCUGGAAAUGGAACUUGGUGGCCAGUUCGAGAUGAUUGUAAUCAAUUUACAUUAACUGUAGGUGAAUUAUUUUGUUCCCAAAAAAAUUCUGGGAGAAUUUUUUAGACGGAACAAUUGAUGCAGAAGCAGUUGAAGCGAGAUCGAGCCAAGGAGUUGGAGAUCACUGAGAGUUUUUCGGCGAGAUUUUGUGCGCCGAUGCGAUUUGGAUGGCGUGUUUUUGUGCGGCAACCGAUUGUGGAGGGGAAAAUGUUGCGGGUGAGUCAAGAACCCGCGUUUAGAGAUCCUAGUUGUCAAGUAGCCACGCCUAGAGGCUUCAAUUGUUAAGGAUCAGCGCCUAGAGAGUCUAGAUCUCACGCCUAGAAAUCCUGGUUUUCAAGUAGCCGCGCCUAGAAAUCCUGGUUUUCAAGUAGCCGAGCCUAGAAAUCCUGGUUUUCAAAUAGCCGUGCCUAGAAAUCCUGUUUUUCAAGCAGCCGCGCCUAGAAAUCUUGGUUUUCAAGCAGCCGAGCCUAGAAAUCCUGGUUCUCAAGUAGCCGCGCCUAGAAAUCCUGGUUCUCAAGUAGCCGAGCCUAGAAAUCCUGUUUUUCGGACAAUUUCAAAUCCCUUUGCGAUGAAAAUUGGGAAAUUGGAAAGAUUUUUCAAAAAUCUAUAAAAAAUUCAAAUUUUGAAAGAAUUCGGAGAUUUUAGCCUAGUAUCUGAGCCUAGAGAACGUUAUUGUCUAGAAGCCGAGCCUUUAGAGCUCACUAUGACAAGGAGCCGCGCCUUGACAGUCCAUGUGGCAAGGGUUAGCGCCUAGACAACCUAGUUUUCAAGGAUUACCGCCUAGAGAACGUGAUUGUCUAGGAGCAACGCCUUGAGAACAUAUAUUUCAAGUAGCCGGCCCUAGAGAUCCUAGUUCUCAACUCCGAUUCAAAUUUUUUCCCCAAAAACUCUUCAAUCACCUUUUUACAGGUAACGGAAGGCGAAAAAAUCGUGGGAACACGGGGAACUCAAGGCUGGAUCUAUUGCUAUCGCCAAACGAAUUCGGCCGAAAAAGGAUGGGUUCCAAUGGCUUGCACAAAUUACAGACCACCCACGAAGAAUGAGGAGAAAAAAGAGAAUUAG